AUGGAGUCAAUUGGUCUUAGUUACGAGAUGAGUAAACUUAAAGGAAAGUGUAACAGGCUGAAAUUGAUGUACAAGCAGUUUUCUGAGUUGAUUUCUCAUACGGGGGUAACAUACAAUUCACUUACAAACAUUGUGGAGGCAUGUGAGGAUACAUGGAAAAAAUUCUACGCGAAGCAUGCUAAAUUCAAGUCUUAUAAGAGAAAUGGUUGCAAAGACUACGAGCUAGCGGCUGAGGUAUUUGCCCAAUCUGUUGCUACUGGAAGUCUUGCUAACUCAUCCAUGCAAAUGCCACUUAACUCUGAUGAGGAACGCCUUGCUGAGGAUGAGUUCUUACAUGUUGCAAGACUAUCUAGUUCAAUAGGGAAAAGGAGUUUGGAUGAGAUGAUGGAUAUUGUUGGUAGCACGAGGAAGAGCACUAACAAGAAGUUGAGGGAAAAGAUAAGUAAUGCAAUGGAUACUGUUAGUUUGAAUAUGACUUCAAAAAAACAAUGCCGAAAAGCCAGGGAAGAUGCUAGUAUGAUGAGUACGGCCACGGCUACCCCAUAUACCAUGAAAGCUUGUAUUGAGGUUCUGAAAAACAUGAGUGGGAUUCCCCAAGCUGCCAUUAAUGUUGCUUUCAAGUGUUUGGCAAAUGCUGACUUGCGUGAGGGGUUCAUAGAAAUGCCUCCUGAAUGGAUAAUGUCACAACAGAGUUUUUCUAGUUCUAAUAGCUAUAGUGACAGUGAUGAUGAUGAUUAUGCAGCCAUACUUAUGAUUAUUGUUUGUGUGGUACGUGCACUUGUACGGUUGGGACGCGAAAUAAUAAAGCCAGUUAAUAGAGGAACAGUGCAACCAGAAAUAUUGGGAAAUCCAAAAUGGUAUCCAUAUUUUGAGAAAUGUCUAGGUGCUAUAGAUGGAGCGCAUGUAGCAGCUUGGGCACCUGCAUCAAGGCCAACUACAUUUCGAGGUAGAAAAGGAGGAAUGGUGACUCAAAAUUUCAUGGCGGUUUGCUCGCAUGACAUGAUGUUUACAUUCGUAUAUGCGGGUUGGGAAGGAAGUGUGAAUGAUUCUCGCAUAUUCUUAGAUGCACUUUCAAAGCCUGAAAUUGGGUUUCUCAUGUCACCUGAAGGUCAUUACUAUGUUGUUGAUGGUGGUUACCCAAAUAUACCUGGUUUUUUGGCACCAUACCGCUGGGAGGCUUAUCACUUGAAUGAGUUUCGCGGCCAAGGACGAAUCCGAAAUAAGCAAGCUCUAUUUAAUUAUCGACACUCAUCAUUGCGGAAUGUGAUUGAGAGAUGUUUUGGACUUUAA